GCAGAGCGCCGAGCUCGGCCUGCUCGCGAGGCUCUCGGGCAGCCGCGACUUCGCCGGCGCCGUGGAGACCCAUGGCGACCGACGGCAAGGUCCUGGCAGGACGCCUCCCCGCCGGGACGGCAGCGUGCUGGUCGCAUCUGUCGGGGCGCCGGGCGGGGGCAGGACUCGUGCUGCAGCACCACUCGGCCUCCUCGCGAGGCUCUCGGCCAGCCGCGACUUCGCCGGCGCCGUGGAGACCCAUGGCGACCGACGGGAAGGAGCAGGGCUCGUGCGGCAGCACCGCGUUUUGAAGAGUGUUCCCCCCGUCGGGGACGAUAGUUGGACCGAGCUGGAACCUGGGCGUCUGGCAGUACUCCGACUCACCGGCCCGCUGGGGAACCUUGACCUCUUCGCGGCCUACCUCGCAGUGGGCGGCGACAGGCAAGAAAACGAGGCAAGCAGAAGGGCAACCAUCGACACCCUACACCACGGCACGAGACCACAGGCGGACAUGCUCAGCAUCUACAUGGGGGACUGGAACUUCGUGCCGGGGGAAAAGGACAGAUGGUGCAAGACAUCGGGAUCCUGGACAGGUGCGAGAGACGAGAACGAGAGGCUCGCAUUCGAGAGAGUUGCCCUCGAACCCCACGGGGAGCUCGAGCGGGACCUCCUCGCGCUUCACGGCCGUCGCCACCUCGCGCGCUUGGACCGAAUCUACAGCAGCCACCACGUCUUCGAGCAGAUCGGAAAGUCUGUGCCGUGCACCGCGCUCGGACGCACGCGUCUAUCGGGCCAUCGCCCCAUCAGCUUCUCCAGCCGCAUGCGUGAGAAGCUCCCGGGCGACGCUCCGAGCCUCAACUCACACCAAUUGCGGAAUUCACGCUGGGCGAAGCGGGCGGCGGCGGACCUGGCGGAGCUCGAGAAGGGCGACGGCGCAGCCAG